AUGCCGUCCAACUCGGGCUCAGGCAGAAGGCUCGUAGGCCAAGCCCUACUAUAUUCAAUUUCUGUCUUCGCCUCGCUAGGCGUGUUCCUCUUCGGAUAUGACCAAGGAGUUAUGUCUGGGAUCAUCACAGGUCCUCACUUCCGUUCGUACUUCGGGGAACCCGGUCCGGUCGAGACCGGUACUAUGGUUGCCGUACUCGAGGUUGGAGCCUUCAUUACUUCACUGGCCGCGGGAAAAGUCGGUGACAUCAUGGGCCGUCGCGGCACUCUGUUCAUCGGGGCCGUCGUAUUCGCUAUCGGAGGUGCUAUUCAGACAUUCACGACCGGCUUCGUCGUCAUGAUCAUCGGCCGAGUGAUCAGCGGGUUUGGCGUUGGACUUCUCUCCACGAUCGUACCUAUAUACCAGAGCGAAGUAUCGCCUCCGAACCACCGUGGCGCUCUUGCAUGCAUGGAGUUCACCGGUAACAUCUUCGGAUACGCCUCCUCCGUCUGGCUGGACUACGCUUGUUCAUUCAUCGAUUCCGACUUGUCCUGGCGCGUACCAUUAUUUUUCCAAGUCGUCAUCGGUGCCAUCCUCGCCGCGGGAUCGUUGGUUAUGCCCGAAAGCCCCCGAUGGCUCAUUGAUGUCGACCGAGACGAUGAAGGUUUCCAGGUCCUCGUAGACUUGCACGGCGGCGACCCCGAAGAUCUCAUUGCUAAGGCUGAAUACCAGGAGAUCAAGGACAGAGUCAUGUUUGAGCGAGAGAAUGGUGAAGCGCGCAGCUACUCAAUCAUGUGGCAGAGAUACAAGCGCCGCAUUUUGCUCGCCAUGAGCUCCCAAGCAUUCGCUCAGCUGAACGGGAUCAAUGUCAUCUCAUACUACGCACCUGCCGUCUUCGAGUCGGCAGGUUGGGUAGGUCGCCAGGCCAUCCUCAUGGCUGGUAUCAACGCCAUCAUCUAUCUGCUUGCCACGGUGCCUACAUGGAUACUUGUGGACCGAUGGGGACGACGCACUAUCCUCUUGUCUGGUGCAGUCAUUAUGGGUAUAUCUCUGACUGCAACCGGCUGGUUCAUGUACAUCGACAUUCCUCAAACACCAAACGCCGUUGUCAUCUGCGUCAUCAUCUACAACGCGUUCUUUGGAUAUAGCUGGGGGCCUAUUCCGUGGCUUUACCCUCCCGAGAUUCUGCCCCUCACCGUCCGCGCCAAGGGAGUGUCACUGUCUACCGCCACCAACUGGGCUUUCAACUUCCUUGUCGGUGAGGGUACGCCGUUGCUACAGGAUGUCAUCGGGUGGCGCCUGUAUCCCAUGCACGGCUUCUUUUGUGCCUGCAGUUUCGUUCUCGUUUACUUCCUCUACCCAGAGACGAGAGGCGUUCCUUUGGAGGAGAUGGAUGCUGUAUUCGGCGAAGACGAGCGCGAAGAGCGCGAAGAGAAUGAGGAAGAAGAUGAGCGUGCGUCGCUCAUGUCUGGCAGUCGCUCAGGCUCGGUGAGCUCUCGCUCGUCGCAUGCCUCGCGCAAGUCAUUGCAAGCCGGCGCUGCUAGCCAGGGCUGGGUCAGUCGACUGAUGGGGCGGACCCAAAACCGUGCCAACUACCAGCCUAUUGCAGACGGCGAGGAAUAG